AUGCGUGAUGACCUUGUGCAACAUUUGAAGCCAGAAGAAGUGAACAAGAAAGUUGCAACCUUAGAGCUUAGCAACUUAAAAAAAGCUGUUGCUCGUAUCAAAUCCGAUGGAUUACUCACUGUCAAGAGCUCUGGAAGCAACAAGCCUGGAGGUACGGGACAUCAUGAAAAAUGGGAGUUCAAGAUAAAAGAAAAUGCUAAUCCGGAAUUCAUUAGGAAAAGCUACAUCAAUCGCCUGUAG